AACAAGCAUCUAACAGCACUUAGGGGGAGAGAGAGAGCGAGCGAGCGAGCAGACGGCGAGCGCGCGGAGAGGCUGGAGAGGCUGUGGCAGCGUUUAGCGGCUCGCAGCUUUGUGGAUGCCGACGGAUACGCAGCCGGCGGCGGGCAGGCGAGGGACAACACGCGAUGGUCACCUCCCAGGGGAGGCGCGGAGGGGGGGGGCACGUCCACAGCCGGCGUGGAUCAUCAGCGCCACUGAGAUGGGAGGACAGCAGCUGGACCACAGGCGCAGAUGUGAGGCUGUUGUGAUUCAGGUCACGAAAAACAGGAGCAUAACGUCCCCCCGAGGAGCAGCUUCUGCGGAGAGCUUGGGAUUUCUCCGCGCUCUGCAUCGACUGCGAGGCUCCAUCAAAGAGACAACACGGGGCCAGCGGCUAAACACCACCGCCUUCCAACUCGCGAUGUAGCCUGACCUGCUGGAAUUAAUCAACAGAUGGGGCGCUCGCAUGUCCAGGUGGCCUUAUCUGGAGAGUUUUUCCAUAUCUAGAAAAGAUUGAUCAGCCUUGCCUGGAAUUCACAAUGAGAUAUCGCUUGACAAGCAAAGACGCGAGAGGCCAAGGAAAAUCAAAGACAUAUGUAAUGUGGUGAGUUGGAACAAAGGGCAUUUCUGUUGCAGCAGUGUCUAUGUUCCAAAGAUAAACGGGCCGAAAUUGUUUUUAGAGUAAAAGACUCUGUUGCUAAGCUGCAGCUACUGCUUUUAUGGCCACGAGAACCAAGGUUUAGUUUAACCUAGGCUUGAGAUCCAGUGACAAUGGAUUUUAAUGGGAGCCAGGACUUUGGGGUCGAUCCCACAGGCUUCCCCUACAACACCAGCGCCGACUAUGAGGACUAUUACCACGAGGCCGACGCCAGUAAGAUCAUCAUCCCCUCCAUCUACGCCCUGGUCUGCUGCGUAGGUCUCACCGGCAACGCCAUGGUCAUCUACGUCAUCCUGAAAUACGCCAAAAUGAAGACGGCCACCAACAUCUACAUCCUCAACCUGGCCAUCGCCGACGAGCUCUUCAUGCUGAGCGUGCCGUUCCUGGCCACGUCGGCCGCCAUCCGCCACUGGCCGUUCGGCUCGCUGAUGUGCCGCCUGGUGCUCAGCGUGGACGGCAUCAACAUGUUCACCUCCAUCUUCUGCCUGACCGUGCUCAGCGUGGACCGCUACGUGGCCGUCGUGCACCCCAUCAAGGCGGCCCGCUACCGCCGGCCCACCGUGGCCAAGGUGGUCAACGUGUGCGUGUGGGGGCUGUCGCUCGUCGUCAUCUUGCCCAUCAUCAUCUUCGCCGACACCGUCCCGGCGCAGGACGGCGGCGUGGACUGUAACUUCCUGUGGCCCGAGGCGGUGUGGUCAGAAGCCUUCGUGGUUUACACCUUCCUGCUGGGCUUCCUGCUGCCGGUCGGAGCCAUCUGCCUGUGCUACUGCCUGAUGGUGGCCAGGAUGCGAGCGGUGGGGCUGAAGGCCGGCUGGCUCCAGCGGCGCCGCUCAGAGAAGAAGAUCACGCGCAUGGUGCUGCUGGUGGUGGCGGUGUUUGUCCUCUGCUGGAUGCCCUUCUACAUCGUGCAGCUGGUCAGCGUCUUUCACCGGCCCCCCGACCCCAUGGUCACGCAGCUCUUCGUCAUCCUCAGCUACGCCAACAGCGGCGCCAAUCCCAUCCUGUACGGCUUCGUGUCGGACAACUUCCGGCGCUCCUUCCAGCGCAUCGUGUGUUUCCGCUGGCUGGAGUCCGGCUUGGACACGGAGCAGGUGGACUACUGCGCCGUGGACCUGAAGAGGCAAGCGACGUGUAGCCCUCUGGAAUUCCCCAAAGACUGCAUGGCCUCCGAUCUGGUGUUCCGUAACGGCACCUACACCACCCGCACCACCACAGUGUGAGCGAAACCUCCAACCAGGACGAGACUGAGUGAAACCACCACAACUUCAUGGUAGCACACAGAGGUUGAAUGAAUUAAUUGAGCUGUAUACAUGUAUAGAGUACAUACAUUUAUAUAAUAUGUGAUGAAGGACACACAUGUGCCACAACGUGCCAAACGGGACAGGUCACACCUCUUUCAGAUGCUAUUGCAGCAACAAUGCUAACUGAUUCGUUUUUGCUGCACACGGGAUCAAAGCAGACACGAGUUCACCUCAGGUCUGGAAAGUAGCUGCGCCACGAUUCACAAACGAGCUUAUUUGGUUUGGAUCAUAAGCCGGUCCUUUCAUUUGCCCCCAUUGCUUUUUGCCAUUAGUUUGGUGUUAGCUAACCGUGGCCUGAUCAACCUGUAAGAGCUUUGUUCCAGACGUUUCGUGGCUUAUCGCUGUACUCGCUCUACUGCUUCACACCUCAGAUCAUGUGUUGCGGCCUCUAUAUUGUGAAGUGUGAGAUCUCCUCCCCUGUUAUGUGAACGCUUUCGGUGAUUGUUUCGUUUUUGUUUCUCCCACAAUGCUCCUGUCAUCAGCUGUUGCUGUUUCCCAUCCUGCGUAUGCUGUUAUGUUUGAUAUGCCAAAUUUUUGUGCAGCGACUCUGAAUGUGUUUCCUUCUUUACUGGCAAACCCAGAUCUAAAUGUCCUGAACCUUACAGGGCCCUCUGUCAUAUGUUCUAAUAUAGUUUUCUCUUUCAAUCAAUUGAUAUGAAAGGUGCUAUCUUCCAUGUUGUUUAAACAAUUGAGCUGUACAUACAGAUACAAAAAUGAAUAAAUUAUUAAAAUCUAGAACACUAAAUUUUAUUUGUAUGUUCAUUAGCAUAAACCCAAACGUCUAACAAGCCAAUACCCAGUUCAUUCCUAGACUCUACAUCUAGUCAAGGAUUAGCAUUAUUUCCUCACUGGUUGUGCAUGUUUGUUGUAUCUAACGUGUGUCGUGCAGGUAAUUGUGGAUAUGGUUUCUCUUUUAUGUUAGUGCAACAGCGUGAGCAGCUACACUGUGUUGUAAUCAUACAGUUCUUACUGUAAUUUUGUUCAAUAUUGUAGAUCAAAUCUGUUUGUAAUUUAUGUAUAGACUAAAUACUUUAUGGAUUAGACAGAAAGUCUAGCAAAUACAGGUAGACGGGAUAACCUCUAGCAGGUCAACCUCAGGGCGGGCGGCCAUCUGCCGCUGCUGGGUGACUGGAAAAGUACAAGAGCUGCAAGACGAAACGCAGGCUGGCGAGUCUGGCCCGAGGCAGACGAGACCACAAGGAGACCAGCACUUUGACAGAGACGCGUACUGUUAUGACGUUUUUAAAGUCAAAUGGAGCCACAUCAUUAAGUGCCUUUUAAGUAAAGGAGACAGACUUUUAAUUCAAUCUCGGAUUUUAUGAGGAGCCGGCGAAGAGAAGUUGAUGUAGGAGAAAUCCUGAUGGCUCCACUCACAUCUGAUAUCAUUUGACAUUCGUGGUCAGGGGCCUGGCUGCGAGUCAGCAUAAAGUAUUUUAGGCCAAUGACUUUGUAAUAACAUUAAGGGAUGUUACAGGUAGAGAAUGAAUACAAAACGCUCCAAAUGGAGCAGCGACGGGAGUUGGAAAAUAACAGCACCCAGGACUAGCAUCCAUCAAGAGGCCUGGCACCAAGCGAGCACUAAGGGAAAUAGGAAACACAGCACAACAGCACCAAACAUAAUAGGAUGAGUGACGGGAAACACGUCUCUAAAGGUCUCUGAAUAUCACAUCAUCUAUCUGUUGUCUUGAGCAAUGGUUACUAAAUCUCCCCACUGCCUGCAAAAGAGCAGCGAACAACAAUAAACAGAUGAAUCAGAUAAAAACUACAGAAAGCAGCAGGAGGAGGCAGAAUUAGACACAAAACACAUACUAACCUUUGGCUGUCUACAAAAUGUUUGGAGGAAACGCAGCGCUCUGCUGCAGCUGCCGUCGCUCACUGCGUUCAGCCCGAAAAGAUCGUGUUUGUUUAGGAGUAAAAGUUUGGGGAACAUCCAGUGACAACUGUACCGCUGAAAAGUCUCAUCACACGCUGCGUGGAGCCGGUUGCUGAUGCUUUUAAAUCUGCAGCUAGCUGCAAAAAUUUGGUCUGCUGCUAAGUGUACAAAAACACUAACUGAACAUUGAUAAAUCAGUUACUUAUCUGGGAUAUUUCUCCUGCUUUGGAGAAUUUAUCAAGGACGAAUGCUAAGUGCUGAAUCUUUAAAUCUCUUUUAUUCAAAAAACAGUUUAUAAAGCACCAAUAAUGCAGUGACUUAACAAAUCCUGUCAAAGACUGUUGCUGUGAGUGCAGCUCUCUAUUGGAACGUUUAAGGAAUAUGAACAAACCCUUUGUUAAACGACUGUUAUGACUGGUCCUUUAAUGAAUCUACAGUAUUUCUAUUGCUGCUUAUUGCAUUUUCAUGAAAGAAGCAUUUCAGGGUCAAGUAACAGUACCAAUAUUUGAGCAGCACUGAGAAGCCCCACAUCCUUCUGUCCUUUCCAUCUGAUUUGCAAAUGGAGCCGGAGACAGAUCCCAGCUGAGAACAAAACAGUAGUGUCUGAGUGAAGAGCGUCGCUCUGGAUGGGGCUCCCACACAUCUGCUUCGAAUUUGUCUCUCUCUGUCCGUCGGCCCGUCCGUACACAGCGCAUGACGCCUUAACUCUCCUGCCUGACAUUUCAAUUCAAACGUUGGCGAGAAGAUUUCAUGGAUUUUCAGUGACAGUGACAAAGAAUUGAGUUCAAACCUACGCGGCCGAGUCCAGGUCCACAUGCUCCCGGUCUUUGGAGUGAUGCCAAGCAAAGGGGCCGUGACCCCACCAGCCCUCACUUAGCAGAAUGAGCAACACGAGCAUGACUGACCUUAAUGUGGGUUAAUGCGACUGACCUCUGGUUAGGACACGGAUGAACACUCGCAGCCAAAUGAGUCUGUGUUUAUUAGAGGACAAGUAUUCUCCAUUACCUCAUGUUUCUAAAUGCUUUUUUUCUCCUUUCUCCUUUAAACUGAUUAUUCUCUUCACGAGUGUUGUUCUGUCACAUUCCUGAGCAGCGCCCCGUGGUCCAAAUGACAAACGCCACGGGAGCAGGUCUGGUUUCUCCACGGACGACGGGUGGCGUGUGAAAGGAUCCGCCAUGUGGCUGCGAGCAUCACUGGUCGUGUUCUCCUUCCUGAAGCGAGCGUGAACGCGUGAACGCGUGAGCGACCGCGGCCCUUUUGUUUUACGCCAGGGAUCCACAGCCUCCGUCCUCCAGGAGGCACCUUUAUCUGAGCAUCGCCCGGCUGCUGGAGGCGUCUACGCUGCAGACGCUUUGUUCAACUCAGGCUCCGGCUGUCGUCUGCAGAAGACGACGCUGCCAUUGUCGACGUGACAUUGUCAGACAGUAACGAGAACCGUUUCAGGACUACUGCAUAUUAUAGAUUUUUCCUCCAUUUGUUCAUUCUUUGCUACUUUAACAUAGAAAUUCUGUCACAUCAGGACAAACAAAGGUUUAUUGUACCUUAUCUUACAGCUGUUCCUUGUGUAGGUGGCUUAAUUAAAAAUGGUAUACAUAAAAGCUCAUUAAAACAGUUGAAAAGGCAAUGACUGUAUGUGACCAAUGCAGGCGUGAUGUAUGAAGGAUUUCAGCCCGGUUCACAUUAAGCUACCAGUAACUCUCUGAGCAUCACACAAUAGAGUCGCACACCCCCCAUGUUGCGUCCUAACUUUCCCCUCCUCCCUCCGCGCUGUCGUCGGGCCUCCGGGCGUAAGAGCGGCGCCGCUCCGGUUACAUCAGGCCCCUGCAGGCUUUCGUGGUUCGACAGAGCACCUCGGAUCCACGGGGGGGCGAGGCGCCGGCGACCGCAGCGCGCUACGGUGCACCCUGGGACGCGUGAGGGCUCCAGAACCCUGACACAAGCCUGGCACCGCGAUCAAAGUGCGCCUGCACUCCCUGAAGAUUACUGCCCAAACAGCUGCGCUUGCACUCGGCGAAAAAAAAAAAACACGCUGUGUGUUGGGUCUCGACAAAGCCAGGAAUGUAGGAGUCAGUCAGCGUCCGUCCGUCAGAGGAGCGUUCUCUGUUCUGUGUGUGUGAACCAGCGAGGGUGAGCUCCUCGCUCAGCUUCACCAUACUGUGGCAAGCGUGAGUCACUAAUACCACCAGCUAGGGAGCACAUUAGCAAACACAAGCUGGCUUUCUCCGACUGUACCAGCCUACCGCACCAGCGUGUGUGAUAAACAGCUCCGACCUUAAAUCCCAACUUGUGACUCUCGUCCCUUCGCUGCUUCAAAACACAUGAAGUGGGUCUUCAUCUUCAGGAGGAUUAAAGUUGUAACAAAUAAAAAAUCUGGGUAUGUGACAUCUAUUUAUUUAUCGACUGUAGUUGAGACUAUUUGUGGAUUGUAGCUUCUCAAUAAAAGAGAAACUGAGAGUG